AUGGCGUCCGUCGCAAGUCCUUGUCCCGUUCCGUCCGUCAGCUACGUGGAGCUCCUUGACGAUGAUAAAAACAUCAGAGAUCACGCGACUGAACGGCUCCUCCAAGCGUUGAAUUUUUAUGGCGCCCGGCCAUUCUUUGAAAGACCUCUAAAUGAGAAAGUCACGGACCACGCCAACUCUGGCACAACCAGUUUGUCCCGGUUCGUUCCAUUCGCAAGCGAGAAGAUCCGCGGGAAGGCCCAUCUGGAUGAAACCGUGGAGUUUCAACAUGGCGUUUAUGACCUGGCGGGAAAUUGGUCCGUGUCUGGCAGAGAAUUGUUGGAUGCUUCGAGGCCCUUGCACGAUGAAUGCAAUCGCGUCCAGUUUCAUUUAUUCGACUGUUUGUCGUCCUCACUGAAACUCCCUCGGCCCUUGUCCUCUUUACACAGCCAUCGCAACUCCUUCAUCGCCCCCUAUUACUACUGCUUCGAUGGCGAUCAGGACACCGAAACUCUCCGUGUAGACCCUCACCUUGACCCCACGACCAUGCUGUUUUGUUUCCAGGACUCGUACAGCGGUCUUGAGGUGGCGGAUAUGAGCAAUCAGACAGGCAAAUUAUCGACCACAGCCAUCCAGCGAACCGCCCCCUUCAUCCCGGUGACAUGUCAACCAGGGGAAUUUGUCCUGUUGGUCGGGCAUGUCUUGCGUCGGUUGGUUGGGGAGGUGAAGCAUUCAGUGCACCGCGUCAAGCGGCCACUGGGAACGCCGGGGUUUCAUCUAAAUUAUUGGACGGUCCCGGAUUUGGAGACGAGUUGCGAUUUUGGUGAUAAAAAGGAAGAUGUAGCGGAGUAUCUCGCGAGGGUCUUUCCAACCGCUUUUGGGAAUAGGAGACAAGGAAUGGUGUCGCUGUCGUGAUUCUUAGGGGGUGAAUGUUUAGGAAGAGAUAAUAACCAGG